AUGUCGGAGACACCACCCGCUACCCAGGCCACUUCCACCGUUGCGGAGAAACCGCCGGUCUCCAAGAAGGCAAAGAAGCCAGCUAAGGCUUCAGCCGCCGCCGCUAAGAAGCCUGCCGGCCCUUCAGUGUCGGAGCUGAUUGUGCAGGCCGUUUCCUCUUCCAAGGAGCGGAACGGCGUGUCCCUGGCUGCGCUCAAGAAGGCGCUGGCGGCUGCCGGCUACGACGUGGAGAAGAACAACAGCCGCAUCAAGCUGGGUCUGAAGAGCCUGGUGAGCAAAGGCACCCUGGUGCAGACCAAGGGUACCGGUGCUUCCGGCUCCUUCAAGCUCAACAAGAAGCCCGCUUCCGAGUCCAAAGCCAGCGGCACGAAGGCCGCCAAGCCCAAGGCAGCCGGCGCUGCUGCAAAGAAGCCCGGAAAGGCGGCGGGGGCCGCGGCUAAGAAAAGCGUCAAGACCCCAAAGAAAGCCAAGAAGCCCGCGCUGCCCAAGAAGCCCUCCAAAAGCCCCAAGAAGCCGAAGGUCGUGAAGCCGAAGAAAGUCGCCAAAAGCCCUGCUAAAGCCAAGGCUGUAAAGCCUAAGGUAGCCAAGGCGAAGGUGACUAAACCAAAGACCCCUGCCAAGCCCAAGAAGGCGGCACCCAAGAAAAAGUAAGCAGUUUUGGU